AUGGGUAAUGCCAAGAGCAGCGCCGUGUCCAAGGAGAUCCUGGCGGACCUGAAGCUCAACACGCGGUUCUCUGAGAAUGAGCUCUCACAGUGGUACGAGAACUUCCAAAAGCAGUGUCCCUCGGGACGCAUCACGCCAGGGGAGUUUGAGAAGAUCUAUGACCGUUUCUUCCCCGACAGUGACCCAACCACGUAUGCCAAGCAUGUCUUCCGCUCGUUUGAUGCCAAUGACGACGGUUCUCUGGACUUCAGGGAGUACAUCAUCGCCCUGCACAUGACGUCCGGUGGGAAGACUGAGAAGAAGCUGGAGUGGGCUUUCUCGCUCUUCGAUGUCGACAAGAAUGGCUACAUCACCAAGUCGGAAGUUUCAGAAAUCUGCCACGCCAUCUUUAAGAUGAUCCCCAAGGAGGAACAGGAGAAGCUUCCAGCAGAUGAGAAUACUCCAGAAAAAAGAGCAGACAAACUGUGGUCUGUCUUCAACAAGAAGGACAAUGAGCGCUUGGCUGAAGGAGAGUUCAUUCAAGGUGUGAUGGAAAAUGAAGAUGCCCUGCACCUAAUCCAGUACCAGCCUAGCCAAUAG